UCAAUCAAUUUGCAUACAAACAAGAUGGCGUCCUAUUUUUCCUAGUUGUUUUUCGCACUAGCUGGAAUGGAAUCGCAGGACCCCUCGAACAACAGAUUUUGACAUCUCAGCUAUGGAUAGAAAUGAUUCCCGAUGCGAGGGUUAAAGGCUCUACAUACUGUAGCAGCCGAGGACAUACAGAUCUACAAGGCCAGGAACUGCCGCAAGCCAGCCCUUGACCUCAGGGGUCUUUGCCUCACACAAAUCCCUGACUCCAUCUGCUGUGGCAUACUAACACGGUGCCUUACAUCAUUAGACAUCAGCCAAAACAAGCUGAAAUGUGUGCCAUCAUGUGUCAGUCAGCUAACGUUAUUGCGAGACCUGAGGGCAUCUCGCAACUUCAUAGAACAAUUGCCAGAGGACUUUGGAGGCCUAAAGGAACUCAGUUUCAUAGACCUUUCACACAACAAACUCAGACAUAUUCCAUUGAGCCUGGAUAAUCUCGAGUGCCUGCAGCAUGUGAACUUAUCUGGGAAUAGAAUACGUGAAUUGAGGGACAGGACUUUUCAUCUGCCCAGGUUAAGAAAGUUUCAUAUUACUAGAAACCCUAUAGCUAACGUACCUCAAGAUGUAUAUUUAUAUGGAUUGCAGGCAAUCCGUUGCUUCUAUGAUAUCACUAUUAGUGUGCCACAGCAGGACUGUUGGAGUCAGGAGGAUUCAUAUUCUUCACUGUGUGAAGAAAUUGCUCAUCUUAAACUGAAACAUGUAGAAACUAAACAAACACCGGUUGUCCAUGGCUGUUCCUCGUCUAAGCCUACAUACCUAGAAGAUUCUCACAAUGAAAGGACUAGUGCAUUCAGAAUAGUCAGGAAUAGUGCCGCAGGUUCGCACAAACAACUCCAGCGAUUAGAGUCAGAUGGUCAUGUUUCCACAAGUGACUAUGGUUCAUGUACAGGAUCAAUGGGUGGGAGUGCCUUUCAAGGAAAGCAGGAAGAUGAUGCAAACAGUUGUUGUGGGGACCAGGGAAGCGAUGCUGAAGACGUUCCUCGUGUGAUAGAGGAGGAGAUUGAGACUUGUGAUACUUGCCAUAAACCCCUGGUACCUGAAGUUGACUUUGAAGAUGAUGAAGUUGUAGACUUCAUUUUGCCAAACAGAGCUAGGUUUCUGAAGACUGGCCAUGCAGCAGUUCUUAUUCCUGAACACAACAAAUCAAACAUUUUACGAACAGAUUUCUUCUUAGAACUUCUAGGAGACAUAAAGUUUGUUCCAGAAUUUGGGGAUGAUUUGGUUCAUGCAAGCUCAGUUGCUUUUCUUGGACCCCAUGGAACAUUAUUCUAUGAGGACAGUCCUGCAAUCAUCCGGUUGCCCCUUUAUCUGGAUGUUGGAGUAUCUCAAGUGAGGUGCUUCACAAGCAACACAGAUGACAUGGAAAAGCCUGUAUGGAUGGAAGUACCUACAUGCGACUACAGGGUAUUUCAAGGAUAUGUGUUGUUGAGAACGAAUCACUUUUCUUUAUUUACCGUCAUGUUGGAUCAAGUUACCCCUACUGUUACAAGAGUCAUAAGAAAAGAUGAGGGUGGAAAACUUGUGGUAGAUCAGGUUCCUGGAGUCAAGGUUGAUUUCCCUGAAGGAUCCCUAUCCGAAGAUGUUACAGCUUCUGUAAAGGUCUUCUGUUCAGAACUUCCUUCUCAUCUGAGAACAAACCUACCCAUGAGAGAUGCUUUUGCAUCCCCAACAGUGGUGCUACAACCACAUGGCUACUUCUUCAAAGUGCAACGAGACUGCAAGGUUACUGUUGAGCUGCCAAUACCAAACUACAGUAAGAUAAUUCAGCAUUUUGGACAUGAAGCCCAACUCUCUGUAUGGCACAGCCCAACGUCAGAAGAAGAGCCUGUUUCGUGGGAACCACUGAAUGUCAAUUAUCGUAUCAGAGAAGAUGCAAAUGCCAGUUACUUCAUAGCCAUUCCUGUUGAGCACUUCUCCUGGCUGACAGCCAUCUGGAAUGGGAUCAGAAGUAAGCUCAAUAACACCGGAAUGUCUCUGGGCUUCUAUUCUGGAGGAGCUGUGAGCAUGAAAUGCCAGGCAUGGAUGCUGGAGAGUUCAGAUACAGAGAAGUUUGGUCUCGUGGUCAUUUGUCAUCUAAGUGAUGACAGCACCAUGCAGGAUGUGGGCAACUAUGCUAUUAAUGUUGGUGGCAGCCUCAAGCCUGUUGCAAUAGCACCUGGUGGAGAUAUUGUUGUGAAACUAGGACGUUCAGACUACUUUGAGGCGGAUACCCGGGCGAGUGAGGACCCUAGUCUGGAGAAAGUGGAAGCCAACUACAGGGGUGGUGAGUUUGAGAUGCAGUUUGCUUGCCGCUUUAAGGGAAGCAACAAACCCAAGGAGAGGGAGAUCUUUGGCAAGGUGUUUGUGAAGCGAAGGAAAGAGGAUGGCUCAGAAGAACGUCUUUUUGAGUUCAACCUUAUCAAGAAGAGUGAUGAGCCUGAUGAUACUCCUGAGGAUCCUUGGACAGCAGCCUCACUCAAAGAACUUGCAGACAUGCACGACAUCACUCAGGGUGAGAACUGGAAGCAGUUUGCCCGUGCCCUUGGUUUCAGCUACCAGGUCAUCCGCACCAAGCUGGGCCGGGCUGCCGACCCCUUCUCCGAGAUCGUAUCAAUGUACCGAAGACAGGGAGGAGAGUACGACGAGUUCAUGCUUACGCUGAAUCAAAUCGGCCGCAAGAUUCGGAUGAACGAUACCUCAUCAGAGGAAUCUGCAGCACCGAACUCAGGAGGGGCACAGAGCUGGAAACAAAUGUUGACUUUUAGGAGUUGGUUUGGAGGUGGAGGCAAUGCCAGUCCAUCGCAGUCAGGGUCACGCUCCUCAUCACCUAGGAGUGUACAUGAAGAUGAUGAAUGCCAACCUGGUCCUAGUGGUCUCCAGAAUACCAGUAGAAAACGUCAGUGUCCAACCUGCGAGGCAGAGCCUGUGGUUCCAUCAACCCCAUCCCGUUUCGGCAAGCGUCUACGCCUCUCACCCACCGCAUCCGAGUCGUCAGGGGGUAGCGACGACCUCAUGCACACCCUUCGUGUCAACCCUGAUCAGUCACCGCCCCGCACUCCCGGGGGAAUCUACUGCAGCCUACCCAGCACAUCCCGCUACUCCCCACCUCACAAUACCUUCCACCAGGGUCCGUCUAACGUCAACCUGGUGUCCAAUCGCAACAACGCUCCUGUCUUGACACCAGGUGUUGGUAUGUCAGGUAUUGGAGGCAUGUCUAGUAUUUAUGGCGCAAGCACAUCGCAACUUCCCUCGGGCAGUGCCCAUCUUUUCAACAACACCCCCUACACAGCAGUCCCGUACGGCAGUAUUCCUAAUACGGCACAACAGACCUUGCCGAAUGCCCUGAGUGACCAAGAGAACCUACUUCGUGCCAACCCUCAAGAGAUCAGCCAGACCAACCUCUACCACAUUGCCUCCCUGAUACAGAACAACUGGGUGAAGGUUGCCCGCUUCGUCCGUGAUGAUGAGACCUUGGAGACAGACAUAAAAUCCAUCAAGGAGAACCACUCCAGUCCUGAGGAGCAAGCGACCCAGAUGCUCCUGCAGUGGAGGGAGAAGUGUCCAGACCGGUGCACUAGAGGGAUUCUCUAUGGAGCACUUUGUGACUUGAAUCUGAAGUCUGUUGCCAAGAAGUGUGAGCAAAUCUACAAGAAAUCCAGAUGAUAGGAAGUAGGCAGCUUUCAUUCUGAAGGCUUAUAUAUGUAGCCUCUUGAAUGAGCAUUCAAUCUGGGGGAAAUAUCUGUGUUUGGCCAUGUUGAAAACAGUUGGGUCCUAAUUCCUCCUGUCUUGCCAUUUGAUUACUUUCCAGUCUUCUAAUGUCAUUCAUAUUCCUACUUCCACAGAUUGUUGAUUUUCAAAUUCAUUCAAAAGUUUCAAUGGUAAAACAGUCCAUUGGUCAAAAUAAUUGUGUUCUGUUUUCAGCAAUCAGCAAUAUAUGAAAUAUAUGAAAAUUAUAUAUAUUGAUUUUUUUAAGGUUUCUUAUUGAAUGAAAAUACAGAUUUUGUAAAAUUUCAAGUGGAUUUGGCCAAAGUGCAGGAAUGAAGCAGGAAGUCUACCAAGCGGGACUUUUGAAAUUGAUUGAUGGAAAGUUGAUGCUUACAAAGCUAAUCAUAUCACUGAAAUUAAGCACCAUGGCCCCCUGGAAAGCAGUGCAAGACUACUGACAGGGCUACCCUGUAUGAAUAAAACAAACUGAAUAAAAGGCAACAAAUGCAAACAUAUUUUGUUUAAUAGAUUAUUGGACAAAGAAGGCCAUUUUGCAUAUUCCUGUUAGCUAUCAUUGACAAAUAUAUUUUUUGAUCAAGCGUGAUUUUUUUUAUCGUAUGAUGAAUUUUUAUUUUCUAUUGCCAACUGUAAUUGGGUAUGAAUAUGAAUGAGUUUAGAAGACAUAAAGUUAAUUGAAUUCAUGCAAAAUGUGGAAUUUAUGGCCAAACAUGGAUGUGCCCUGGUAUUUCCAGCAGUGCUGAUAUAUUGAGAUGAUCACUUCAAGGUUUCUUGUUUAGCGAUAAGGUUAAUACAUGUAUAUUAAAACUUGCAAGCAUUCCAGGCAUUAUUCAAGUGUUCUUCUGUAACCAUCACUGUAUUUAUGACUGAUGUAUGGCAGAUCUAUACAGGUAUUUCGUCAUAAAUUCAGUUGUGUUAUAAAUAGCAUGACUUAAAGUUUUUGCAUUGCUCCUUUUAUACAUAGCAUACAGUUAGCUCUUUAUGACUUGUGCAGCACUUCUUGCUGUUGAGAAGUAGGGUAGUGUCUCAUGCUGUACUGCCAAAGUCAAUAUUUUAUAAUUUUGUAGUGCUGCAUGCCAAAUAGUGUUUUAUAGGACUUAUGGAUGAGUGCUGGUCACUUAUUUUUCACCAUACAAACCCUUGAAGUGCUGCAGCAAUGACAUAUAAAUAAUGGCCUUCUUUUGAAUAAGCCUGUGGUCUUUAGUAACUCCAAAAGACAUUGCAUGCGGUGAACUGUCUUUAAAGUAUAAAAUGAAAGAGCAAUUGUAUCAUGCCAUGAGCAUUACCAAUGCAUUGUCUUUGAAGAUUAAAAGCUACAGCCACAUUGAAAUAGUCCUGAGCUACGCCAAUGAAAUGUUUUUAUCAUUUGAUGUUGUAAUAUACAUACCCAUUGAAAAUAUUUUAUUUUGAUUAGUUCUUCCAAUUUUUUUCAUAAUUAUUUUAAACUAUGUUGUCAAUAAACAACAAGAUUACAGUGUGACUCCAAAUAUUUUCAGUACAAUGAUGAAAAAGGUCAUCAUAAUUUGUACCAAUCUGCAACAUUCUGACGUUUUUUUUUUUUAAAGAUUGUAUGCAUCAAGACAAACUUCUGGUACUGUAUUGUAUUACUGGCCACCCGAUGUGUGAUUGAUCCUGCAUAGGAAAUAAAUGAGGGCGACUGGCGAUUUCGGCCUCAUGGCAGCGCAUGCUGCCCCUAAAAUUUCCCCAAAAUGCAUGAUUUGUUAUGACCAUACUUUGUAGAGUAAUUCCAUGAGGCAUGAUCUAUCACAAACUUAAGUCAAGAAAAUCAACAUUUUAACUAUGGCAAAAAAAAAAAGAUACUUGCUUUUACUGCAUAAUUGCUCAUUACCCCUAAAAGUAGCCCUUAAAAUGAAAGAAAUAGCCCCCAAAUUCUGCAAUCGUCCCAAUAUGGAAAAGAAGAUAGCCUCUAAAAAAAGCUAUUUCCUACCCUGAAUUGAUCUCAUACAGUCCUUUUUUUUAACUAAUUAUUUUCGGGAGAGGAGUUUUCAAAAUGUCCCUUCACCUGAAUUCUUCUUUAUCAAGUACAAUCGCAAGCAGGGCAUUUACUAAUUUCCCAAUUUCUUAUAAUUUUCUUAUAAUACAUUUACUUGAAUAUAGCAGAUCAAAUUGAAGGCCAAUAUUUAUUACCGCAUUGGAAAAAGUACAUUUUGAACAGUGGCAA